AGAUUUUUGCUGUGAGAAUUACCAGUAACGGUUCAAUAUGGGGGAUAUUCUGGCUCAUGAAUCUGAAUUACUUGGACUAGUGAAAGAGUAUUUAGAUUUUGCUGAAUUUGAAGACACCUUGAAAACCUUUUCAAAAGAAUGCAAAAUAAAAGGAAAACCAUUAUGUAAAACAGCAGGUGGAUCUUUAAGAGACUCUAAAUCAUUGAUAAUUCAGAAGGAUCUUGUCGCGGCAUUUGACAGCGGAGACCAGAAGGUGUUCUUCAAUUUGUGGGAAGAAUACAUUCCCAGUUCCAUUCGAGAUGGCGACUCCCUUGCCCAGAAGUUGGAAUUCUAUCUUCAUAUCCAUUUUGCCAUCUAUCUUCUGAAACACUCCGUAGGAAGACCGGACAGAGAAGAGCUGGAGGAAAGGAUUUCUUACUUCAAAACCUACCUGGAGACCAAAGGGGCAGCGCUGAGCCAGACCACGGAGUUUCUUCCUUUCUACGCCCUUCCUUUUGUUCCCAACCCUAUGGUACACCCUUCAUUUAAAGAACUCUUCCAGGAUUCCUGGACUCCAGAGUUAAAGUUAAAGUUGGAAAAGUUUCUAGCUUUAAUAUUCAAAGCUAGCAACACACCAAAGCUUUUAACAAUAUAUAAGGAGAAUGGACAAAGUAACAAAGAAAUGUUGCAGCAGCUCCACCAGCAGCUUGUCGAAGCCGAACGUAGGUCAAUGACAUACCUGAAGCGGUACAAUAAGAUCCAAGCGGACUACCACAAUCUCAUUGGCGUCACGGCAGAGCUGGUGGAUUCUCUCGAGGCCACGGUCAGCGGCAAGAUGGCUUCCACCAUGUUACGAGCCUCCUUGGCACCUGUGAAAUUGAAAGAUGUCCCAUUACUGCCCUCCCUGGAUUAUGAGAAACUGAAGAAGGAUUUGGUUUGGGGGAGCGAUCGUUUGAAAGCCUUCUUGUUGCAGGCUCUGCGCUGGCGCUUGACCACAUCCCAUCCUGGAGAGCAGAGGGAGACCGUCUUGCAAGCCUACGUCAGCAACGACCUCUUGGACUGUCAUAGCCACAGCCAGAGGAGUGUGCUUCAGCUGCUGCACUCGAAGAGUGAGGUGGUGCGGCAGUACAUGGCCAGGCUCGUCAAUGCUUUCGCGUCGCUAGCAGAAGGUCGCCUCUACCUUGCGCAGAACACGAAGGUGCUUCGGAUGCUGGAGGGAAGGCUGAAGGAGGAGGACAAGGACGUCAUCACUCGGGAGAAUGUCCUUGGGGCCUUGCAGAAGUUCAGCCUCAGGCGCCCGCUGCAGACAGCAAUGAUUCAAGACGGCCUCAUCUUCUGGCUGAUUGAUAUUCUGAAGGAUCCCGAUUGCCUGUCUGACUACACACUGGAGUACUCGGUGGCUUUGCUCAUGAACCUCUGCCUCCGGAGUGCAGGGAAGAACAUGUGUGCCAAGGUGGCAGGCCUCGUGCUCAAGGUCCUUUCAGAUCUGCUUGGCCAUGAAAACCAUGAGAUACAGCCGUAUGUGAACGGAGCUCUGUACAGCAUCCUUUCUAUUCCAUCCAUUCGUGAGGAAGCAAGAGCAAUGGGAAUGGAAGACAUCCUACGCUGCUUCAUCAAAGAAGGCAAUGCCGAAAUGAUCCGCCAGAUAGAAUUUAUCAUCAAGCAGCUUAAUUCCGAAGAGCUACCAGAUGGUGUUCUUGAAUCUGAUGAUGAUGAAGAUGAAGACGAUGAAGAGGACCAUGACACCAUGGAAGCCGACCUGGACAAAGAUGAAUUGAUCCAACCCCAGCUUGGAGAACUCUCAGGCGAGAAGCUUCUGACCACGGAGUACCUGGGAAUCAUGACCAACACGGGGAAGGUGAGGCGGAAGGGGCUGGCCAACGUGCAGUGGAGCGUGGACGAGCCCCUGCGCCGGCCCGUCACCCCCGGUGGCCACAGGAGCGGGUACCCAGUGCUAGAAGACCAUCUCAUGUCUCCCCAGACGGCGCAACGUGGCAGAAACGGCUGCCCACACACCCUGCCCGGCGCUCCGCGGGCAGUCUACGAGGACGGCGAGCCCCGCGCUUCUGAGGCCUGCGUUUCCUCCUCAUCAGCCUUUGACGCCAAGCCCGGAGACUGGUUGCCAGCGGGACGUCAGGAAGAGCCUCGCCUGCCCCCCACAGGGACUCCCAGCCAGCCAAGGGAGGUGCCCCAGGACCCCGGCAGUGGAGAGGCCACCAGGGAACUUACAUCAGCCUUCACCUGCGAGCCUCGGACACCCCGGACUCCAGAGAUCCUGGACCGGAACCCCCCCAAGGCAAAGGUGUCAGCUCUGGCUCCUCAAUUCUCCUCCUGUGGCCCCCAGCAGGCCAGCCGCCCCAGCUCCAUGGCGUCCUCCACGAGGGGCCUGCACAGCAGCCAGUCUUACAGGAAGUGAGGAUGGCGCCUUUCCCCGGGUGUCACCGUCGUCGUUGCCUGAGGACCAGCCAGCUUCCCAUUCUGAGCAGGGUGGCAGCUGCAGGUGACGGAUGUGAAGGGACUGUUGUCUACGAGCCACUGGGCAGCAGAGGAGGUGAGGACAGGCCAUCGCAGCCCCACCGUCCGGAUCACUCCUUCCGCAGGGCAGAGCCUCACCAGGAGGGCUGGGAAGAGCCUGCCCUCCUAGAGGGGAGUUUCCUGGUCACCCUUCACUCCCAGAGGAGGGGAGGGAUGACCUUUGCCCUCGGGAGACCUGGCCCCAGGAACAGUAGGCUGUGGAUUCAGCAGCCCCGGCUGGGCAGACAAGGUGGAAGGCCGGACCAGCAGCCAGGCCAGCGGGCCGGUUCCAUCUCGCAGGCUGGUGAGGAGGAACCGGGUCCGUGAGAGCUCGGCCCCACAGCGGAGCCUUUUCCGAGACUGCGGACCGGGGUGGCCUUGGCAGACGCCAGCUCUCCUCACUCAGACCAAAUGCUUGGAAACAGAAGAGAUUAAGAGUAAAGGAAGCUCAUUCUCAAGCCAUGUGCCUCAGCAACAGAUUUUGUAUUUUCUUCCUCUUUUAAAAUGUG